UGGAUAAAGCAGUAUUUAGUGGAUAGUUUAACAAGAAAUUAUGCUCCAUGAAUGUCACCAAAAGCAAUUGGAAGAAGAUUUUUUCUUUUCUUCGUAGCGGAACCGUGUCCUAAGUGGUGUUUCGUGUGGGGAGGGUAAACGACGAUGUGAACAGUCGGCGAGAGCUCUCGCUCUUUCUGUUUGGCUUCUCUCGCGUAUCGUUGCGUUUCCUACCCCAAUUAUUCACCCUCUUUUCCACCCCAAAAUACGCACCAACAGACACGCGCGCGCACGGUCUCUCACGGUCAAUGAAACGGAUGGAUAAUGUUUUGAUGUUAUUCUUAUGUGUGUUUCUGUUACGAUUGCGAUUGUGGUUCGAGAUGUAUAGAGCACUCCCAUCACCAGAAGGCCAGAACGCAUAGUUUCUUCAAAAAUGGUUGCCGAACGUAAUGAAAUGUAUGGUAAAAACGUGUCCGUUUUAAGUAUCAAAAGCUACCUCACGUGAGUACAGUGUUCCAUUCCCUUCUAUUACCCCAUGAACGCCCCGGCAAUAUGAGAGAACCGUUUCGCCAUGGAGUUAUUUUAGAACGAAUACAGCAGAGGGUACGCUUUUGGGGUAAACGAUAACAAAGUGUCGUGGAUCCGUGUGGAGACCUCGUGAUUAAUGCCAAAUGUGCGAUCUGGCGGUGUACGGUAUGCGGAUUUGUCGGUGGAUUAGGUUUGCCACUCGAGUGAACCACAAACAUGAUAAGGAUGUAGCCAAGCAUAGGCUACUGCGUUGAACAUGAUCUGUUACACUGGUGAUAAAUAUUGUAAAUGAAUCGAUCGGUGAUCUGUAUUGUUGAAAUGCCGGACCAUUCACGGAGCGAUUAAGGUGCUCAGAACACCGCCAGCGCUUGGAGGCGCAUUCUUACGAAUCAAACAACAACAAAAAGUCCCUCUAGUCUACAGCAUAACAUCAGUAUUUGGAAAGCGGUGUAUUGUGCUGUCAGCAACCAAGAUGUAUCCCCAGCAAAAUGUUCACCCUCAGUUGGAACCCUCGCACGAUAUUGGCCAAUGCUUCCGGGCUGGAAAUUUGAAAGGAAAUACCAAAAAAACAAUGCUCUCAAUAAGGAAGCAAGUAUUCGUGUUCGGACUUAUGCUGACGUUGAUGUUACUGUUUCCUGGCGGACAAGCCACUCCAAUGAAAAGGCGUUGCAUACAAUUUGGUACAACAUCCACGACAAACACACAGCAGCAGAAUGGGCAGGAUUUCGUUGACGAAUACGAUGAGUACUAUGAAGCGGAAACAUCGGAGGAGCCUGUGUUUGAGAAGAAUAUCUCUACAGUCGUCACAUGCUCCCAGAAGGCGCCAUACUGCUACACAGUUUGGACAUACGAUACCGUGAAGAAUGCGAGCCGAGUUGUGGUGCAAGGAUGCUGGGCUUGGACGGACGAUCAGAAAUACUGCAGUAAUGCCGAAUGUAUCAGUACGUCCCAAACACCCACCAAACACUUCUUCUGCUGCUGCAAUGGCGAUAGUUGCAAUGGGAAUUUCACCUAUCGUCCGCCACCGACGUCGGCCGACGGGUUAAGUAUGCGGGAAGAGAACGCAAACAUUACACCGUUUGCACCGUACACUUCGAUCUGGAGUUCGCCGACGGUGUACAUCUGCUUUGCGCUACUCGCUAUCAUGUUGCUGGGAAUUGUGGGCUUCUUGAGCUGCCGCCGGUUGCCGAAGAAAGGGGCCGCUGAACUACUGGAGCACAUGCAACCAUCCGGUCCGGGAUAUAGCUCGAAUCUCUAUAACGUCGAUAACUUGAAGCUUGUGUCCAUGAUCGGACAGGGCAAGUAUGGGACCGUAUGGAAAGGUAUCGUUAACGAACAACCAGUUGCUGUGAAGAUCUUUGCUGCCCAACAUCGUCAGUAUUUUCUCAACGAGCGUGACAUUUACACAGUCCCACUGAUGGAAUCUCCUACACUGUUGACAUACUUUGGUUCUGAUGAGCGGCGCACAAUGGAUGAUCGUGUCGAAUAUCUGCUAGUAUUAUCGUUGGCUCCAUUGGGUUGUUUGCAGGAUUGGUUAACAGACAAUCGUGUGUCCUUCAGCACGUUCUGCCGUAUGGGUAAAUCCAUUGCCAACGGUUUGGCACAUCUGCACACCGAGAUCCGCAAAGGUGAUCUGGUCAAACCGUGCAUCUGCCAUCGCGAUCUAAACUCGCGCAACAUUCUCGUCAAAUCGGACCUGUCCUGCUGCAUCGGUGAUCUGGGCUUUGCGCUGAAAACGUUCGGCGCACGGUACGAGUACCGUGGGGAAAUAACGCUCGCCGAAACGAAGAGCAUCAAUGAGGUCGGCACGGUACGUUACAUGGCACCGGAAGUGCUGGAGGGUGCAGUGAAUCUGCGCGAUUGUGAAUCGGCCCUCAAGCAGAUCGAUGUGUACACGCUGGCGCUGGUAUUAUGGGAGUUGGCAAAUCGCUGUGAAGAUUUCUACCCGGACGGUACCAGCGUGCCGGAGUAUCGAGCACCGUACGAAGAGUAUGUCGGUUCCAAUCCCAGCUUCGAGCAGAUGCAGGUGCUUGUAUCGCGCAACAAAGCACGACCUUCAUUCCCGGCACACUUUGGCGCAAGCCUGGUGACACAGAUUGUGCGCGACACGUGCGAGGAUUGUUGGGAUCACGAUGCGGAAGCACGAUUAACGGCCAUGUGCGUUCAGGAACGGCUGCAGGAGAUCGCUCAGAUCAAUCCGAGCGCUCGCAGCAUGCCGGUGAAAGCCUGCAGCCAUGACGAUGGCACGGCGAUGGAAAAGAACCAACUGUAUCAGUUGGAAAACGAUGGUGCAGCGAUGGUUGCGAUGAUGGGCCAACAUCAGCGGUACAGUCCGGAUGGGACGAUUGCAUUCAUGACUCCACCAAACCAACAGAUAAUCCCACAGCUACCUCCGGUCGGCUAUAGGGACGAUACAACUGGAUCGUACAAAUAUGGCAAGCUGUGUGACGGCAACAAUUCAACAACGAACAGCGGUGCACCGUCGUCCCAGUCCGAUGAGGACGAGCAGCAUACCGUGCGCAAAGGGCAGGCGCCAUUAAUACAGAAGGAUGUGUGCUUUGCCAAUGGUCCCGGCAAGGGCCUUGGCGGUAGUGUGAAGGUUAUGCUGCAGAAAACAUUCCAUAAGAAUAUUACGGCAGGUGCAAAUAACUCAUCGCUGCUGGGUCGUGGGUACAAUGCCGCCGGGCGGCAUAACUGUGACGAUGGAGAUGAUCGUUCCAAUUUGGUGGUCGUUGUCGAAACCACCGACCCGUACCCACAUGCGCAGCGAAAUGCACUGCUUUCGCAGGAGGAAAUUCUAAUGAACCACCACAACACCAACCAGCAGCAGAAUCUUCAGUGCGCCAUAGAACGACCGACGAAUCUGGAUCUCGGCACCGGGAAGUACGAGAGUAAUUUGCUGCUACACGAACCACAGUCCGUUGGAAAUGUUUCCGCAACCGAUGGUGCCGGUAAUCCACGGGGAAGGGUGGAACAAUACGCCAAGGCACUGGCCGAUGCCGACUUCACCAGACAGUCGUUUGCCAUACUGGACGAGGUGGACGGAAAUACCGUGGAUGGUACCAGUACAGUAGCGCCCGAUCCUGACCCACAUCAGAAGUUACGCAUCGUUAUUUCCAAAUCGGCCAAUGCCAUGCAUCCGCACAAAGGUGGAGCACAUGCACGGCAAGGUUCGGAUAGCUCAUCGCCACCCCCGUUUAUGGACGAUCGUUCGCUGAAGAGGCAACGUUCGCUGGAAGUGUUCCACGAGGUGUUCGGUCCGAAGGGUAGCAUCGAGCGGCUGCGGAAUCCUAGCCAGCGCGUCAAGACACCCGGUGAUGUGCCGCCAUCGGUGCGUAAGGUGCGUGCCUCAAAGACACUGUCGCUCUACGACGAUCGAAUGAUGACGGCAACGGUGGCAAACGGAAACCGAUUGGCAAACUCCGUAUAGCAUGAGGAGGUACUGCUAUUGGAGCUAUAAAGUGAAAACCACGAGACGUGGACGAGGUUCAAAAGGUGAACUUUAGUAGUUUUGUUGAGGGGAGUUUCAUAAAGGCAUUCUCACCGUGGGGGGGGCUCAGAGCUCAGAAGUAUUGUUUCAAAAAGACAAGCAAGCAAGCAGCCUUCUAUAUUCAUUUUCAUUUGUUAGCUUUCUGCGAUUUUUUACAUGUUGCUUUUUUAAAGGGAGUAUUUAUCACGCAACGCACGCACGUACGUAUUUAUGCUGAAUCGUCGUAAAAGCUUAGCAAUACGGUGAUUCGUGCUGCAAGGGUAUGACUUCAUUCGAAGUCCUAUCUGGAAACAUGGUCGAGGAUGGUUUACCAUUCCUUUUUGCGGUAACACGAUUAACAAUCCGUUUUGUGCUCUUCGCAGCAGUCUCAUAACUUUAUUAGAAUUCAUAGUGAAUUGUGAAACAGUUUCUAAAACCAUACAUUUUGAUACUCCAAAAUGAAUCACUUGAACGAUGUAACACUUUGAAAAGUGUUACGACGGCUCAGAUAAGGCGAUCGACAUAGAAUGAUGGUUCCAUUUGGGUGGGCGGAAUUUGGCCGGGAAAUGGUUGCAUACCAGCAAAGAAUGCAACCUAAAUAUACAUAAUGGACUGAUUUAAUGCCAGCAUCGCAGCGGGGGAAUGUGCCCUGGACUGCUGCAACACAUUGCGUUGGCAGUAAAAGCAUACAAUGAAAUUCCUAACUUACUUUAGAGGAUUUGGAUCUCAUCGAUCCUACAUUACAGGACAUUAAAUCGAGAUUGUAGAAGAAUGUUAAGAAGAGUGGUAGACAGCAGAAAUUAAGUAAGAAGCUAAAAGCGAAACCUCGAUAUAGAACGUAGGGUGUACUAGGGUAAGUGUCUCUAUUACGAUGUAAGGGUUUCAUAUAACCUGGUUCGAUACUAUUUGCCAUGCACGUGCUAUACACUGCACAACACUUACCAGUUGUUUCAACUUCGAGUGUUUUAGUACUUUUCGUUGAUAAUAGUCAUAGUAAUGCAUGCAUGAAUGAAGAACAGUAUUCCUUGUGCAGGGUUGAAAGCCGGAAAGGCGCACCACAUUCGUUCGAUACCAAAAACACACCAAAAACAAACCAAAAAAAAAAAUAUACGCAAAAUACACAUUGAUUGGCAGGCCAUUGACAUUUUGAGAAAAGUUAGCGAAAAAGUAUUAUUAGAAAUGCAUAACAAAACCUAAAGCAUAAAA